AUGGCAGCCCCUCGUCGACUGGUCUCGAUAGCAUCCUUGGCUGUCCGGUUGACCCCAAGUCGCCUUUCACACACCCGCUCAGCGGCGAUUUGCGCCUGCCCGAAUCUGCGAGUGCCAGCUCUUAACCAUACGACUGCUUUAACGCUGCUUUCCUCGCGGGCCUUUUCCACCACGCCCGCAUCACACUCGGCGUCGCCCUUUCGGUUAAGCUCCAAAGACAAGAACGCGCCACGCGAAAACGAUAGCCAAGAAAUUCCAGAAGAAGGAUAUGGGGAGGAAGAGCAUAUAUAUUACAGUCCUCAUCAACCCAAACGCGAAUGGCCACCGGUCAUGUCCAAGCUGUCUCCCAAACAUCAACUUCGACUAGAGCGAAAAUACAGACGAAGAGCCGCUCUCAAGUAUGCGCGGCCGAGGUGGGUGAAGGCUACAAAGUUGGCUCAAUGGGGUAUUAUUAUAUUUGUCAUGGUAUACUCGGCGCUCUUCAUGGAAUGGGGCAAAGAAGAUGAAGAACAACCAUUCAAAGAUUUCCGGAAACAAUUCUUCGACACGUUCAACUCGAUUGUUUCGACGCCGCAACCACCGGGCAGGAAAAUCGAUAGCAAGGAGGACAAAUAG